AUGAAUGAUUUGAGUAUUACGAGUGGCAGUGCAACUGUUGAAGUUUAUAAUGAUGAAAGCGGGUCAAGUUCAUCUCAAACUGUAGAAUUAUUGGAGGGUCAGAGUCAAACUAUUUCCCAAGAUGAACAGCAGUCAUCAAAGUCGAUAAAAACGGCCACUAUACUUGAUGGAACUUUUUUUAAACUGAUUUCGUCUGACUCUAAAAAUGUGAUAGCAAGUUGUGUUAAUGUCAGCCAAAAAAAUGUAAACAUUAAAGGAUCUAAAUUUUCAUCGUCAAAUUUUAAAUCACAUUUAAAGAGGAAGCAUGAUAGUACAGUUUUAGAUGAAUAUGAAAAUUAUAUAAAUGACGCACAAAAAAAAGAAAAAUAUGAACAUCCCAAUAAUACGAACUGUAAGAAUAAAACAAAAUACUCUCAAAAUCAAUUUGACGAAGAUGUAACUAAUUAUAUUAUUCAUUCAAUGGCACCUCUCAGUACAGUAGAAAAUCCAUUUUUUAAAAAAAUGUUUAUUGCAUCUGGAAUUCUUAAAAAUAAUAGUUUAACUUUAAUGAGUCGCCGGAGCCUUAGUAGAAAAAUCGAAACUCGUUUUAAUACAAACAUUGAAAAAUUAAAAAGUACAUUCGAAAAAAGUAAUUACUUAUGCACAACAGCUGAUGUGUGGUCUGCAAAAAGAAGUUUUAUGGGUGUAACCGUUCACUGGAUUGAUGAAGACUCGUUAGAGCGAAAAUCAGCUAGCCUAGCAUGUCGCCGUUUUAGAGGUGCUCAUACACACGAUAGAAUCGAAAAGAUAUUACAUAAUAAUAUACUACAGUACCAUUUGGACGUGACUAAGGUAAUAGAAACGGUUACAGAUAAUGGCAGUAAUAUGGUUAAAGCAUUUGAUGUAUUUGGUGUAAAAAUGACACAUUUUAGAAAAUUGAGUGAUAGUAAUGAUACAGACGAAAGCGAUAGCGAUUCAAGUGUUCAUAGUUUUCAAAGUGAAGAUUUAGAAAAUAAACCUUACGUUAUUCUUUCUAGGCAUAUUCGAUGUUGUGCUCAUACAUUGAGCCUUUGUGCUACCAGUGAUAUAAUGAAAACCAUUAUAUCAUCGCCACAUCUCCAUGAAAUACAUACUAGAGUCAUGCAAAAGUGUAAUAUGUUAUGGAAUGCGGCAAGGUCGACCAAAAUCAGCAGAGAUAAUUCAGUCAUUUUAGGACAUACCCUAUCAAGACCAGUGAGACUAGAUGGAAUUCACUAUUUGACUCGUUAA